CUUCUCCCUUGUUGAUUUUGGCACGUCUUUUUUAGCGCAUUUCCUCUUCUUCAUAAGGCCGGCUCCACAAUUGAAACCCCUAAUUCUAUUUCCUCCUCUUCAGGUGGAGAAAUCUUUUAAAUUCUUAUUCUUCGUUCCAGAAGUUAUCAAUGGUUGACUGUAGAAGUUUGAUCGAGUUCUGCAAGGCUUUUGAGCAACACAGAAACAUGGCUAAUUCUCAAGCCAUGUCUGAUCAACUCACUCACCACAAGAGCAGUAGUAAUCACUCGAAGAACAAGAAAUCCAACAAUUCACUGAACCCUCUUUCCCAUCCCUUGUGUGACCAAUCACCCUUUGCAGCCAUUGACAUUGUUGUGCUACUUCUGGUUAUUGGAGCGUUUGGGUUUCUGUUAAUUCCAUACUUCAAGUUUGUCUACCACGAAGCAGCUGAAAUUUUACCUGCCGCGCUUUAUUUUAUUGGAGAUAUUGUCUAUAAUGCACCUGUGGCUUAUGCUUUGGGUGCAAUCCUCAUGUUCGUUGCUGUUAUUGCAACUUGGGAGAUAUACAGUUACAAGAUGAGGAAGUGUGAGAAUCCCCAUUGUCGAGGUCUUCGAAAGGCAAUUGAAUUCGAUAUACAAUUGGAAUCUGAGGAGUGUGUGAAGUAUUUGCCUCCUGUUCCCAAGGAUGCAUUUGGGGCUCGGCCUUUGGAAUUGGGCCAAGAUCACAAGGAACUUGAAGCGGAAUUGAAGAGAAUGGCACCUCCUAAUGGUAGAGCAGUUCUCAUAUUUCGGGCACCAUGUGGAUGCCCAGCUGGUCGAAUGGAAGUUUGGGGGGCAAAGAAGCUUCGACGAAUUAAAAAGUAGGACUCAUUUUGUUUUUCUUUGAUCAUAUAUAGUAAAGAAGCUCAGCUGCUAAAUGGGUCAUUCACGAUCCUUCAUCCCUUAUUAAAUAAGUGACUCACAGGCAUGGUCCUGGCAAAUGUUACAUUUGAAGGGAAAGUUUCGAUAAUUUUGUUGUCAUUGUAGACAUACAAAUGACCAUAAUGUUAUUGAUCAUGGAAUUUAUAUCGUGUUUCCUUUUCCAGUAUGGAUGACAACAUAAUACUUGAUCAAUAUAUAAACUCCUGUUUCUAUGC